AAAAGUGAAGCCAUGCAUGCAGGAGUGGGAGGAUCCAUCCACUCGCUUCAAUCUCGAUCUCAGACUUUUUAGCAGCGACAGGAGCACAACCAGCCAACCAAGCAACCAUCCGCCUCUGUUCCUUCCAAAGAGUUAGAGCCGGGACAUCUACACACACACACACACACACAUACACACACGCGCGCUCCUAUAUCUUUGGAUUUGUUGUCAACUUUUUCCUCUUCCUCCGGCGCGUAUGAGUGUGUGCUUUUUUUUUCACUCUCCCUCCUCCUUGACGAGACUCUUAUUCCGUGAAGACAUUUUCUCUGCAGCUCUCCAGUCUGCUCGAGGACGCCGAAGAUAAAACUCGCUCGGUUCCUCUGAUCAUACAACAGGUGACUGACUUCUUUCUCCACGCGUAUUGUUUGCUUUGCCUGUGACACGCAGGGAUCAGUGGAGCCGGCUCACACUCACUCUCGCCUCCCAACUGUUGCCAGCAUCUGACUCCACUCGUGUUUUUUCGCAUCAGGUCUAGUUGUGUUGUUCUCCUGCCCCGCGUGUAUAUACACAUUAUAUACAUACAUUUAUACAGCAGCUCGUCCUCUCGCUGUCCCUCCACACAGCUCUCUGUGUACCGGGGACUUAUCUGACCGUCUUCUUAUGGAUAUUGCAACAGGUCUGGUGUCACUGCAGGAGCGCCUCUCCGUGCGAGAACAGUCCGAGACUUGCAUCAUGCUGGACGGCAUAAAAAUUGAAGAUCACCCCCUGCGAUCGGGACAGGCCACGCUGGGAGUUAUGCUCGGCUCCGAGUGUCACCACCCGUCCGUGUGUGAAGGAUGCCAGCGGCCCAUCUCUGACCGCUUCCUGAUGAGAGUCAACGACUCUUCGUGGCACGAGGAGUGUUUGCAGUGCACCGUGUGUCAGCAGCCCCUCACCACCAGCUGUUACUUCAGAGAGAGGAAACUUUACUGCAAACACGACUACCAACA